AGUGCGCACUGACUCUGCGCACUGAAGUCAGCCAAAUGCUUUAUUAGACAUAUCUGAACUGCGUGCAGACACAAAACCUCCUCCAUCUACCGGUAUUGUGUUAACAGUAGCCUAUCGCAGAGUGGGUUUGUUACGCGGCGACGCUCGGAGUGGUCGGUCGGUAUAAACUCAUUUGAGUGCGCACCACCACCACCACCAUCAUCAUCAUCAUCGCUCCAGCCCCAGCUUCUCUCUCCUCCAUCCACAAGGCUCUCCGGUCCUGUCCAUCAUCUACUGACCUUCACAGCAUCUUUGUUGAAUGGUGUGGUUGUUUUUUUGUUUUUUUUUCCACUGGGGCUGAGCGGAGCCUGUUUGCUGCUGUGUUGGGAAGCGGAUACCUGCAUUGACUCCACUGCGGAGGGCUUUGGGUGACAACGCACCCCUACAGUCGUGUUUUCUCCACCCGUAACAACAACCAUGGCGAAAACAAACACCACGACUAACGCAGUUACAGAUGAAAAGAUGGCACCACCAUCCAUCGCCCUACUUCCUGAAAAGAGAUCUCCGACUAACGGUCACAGCUCUCCAGCUCGGAAUGGAAAAACGACUCCGUCAAACACAGAGAGGAAGCCUCACAUGAAUGGGCACGCAUCUCCUUCCCACCUACCAGCAAACGUCAGCAACAGCCAUGCAGGUAAAGCGAUCGUGGAGGGUUAUAUGAAGACAGACGACAGGAUGCGUCUAGCCAAAGAGAGACGAGAAGAGAGGGAGAGAAGUCUGGCGGCCAGGGAGCAGCUGAUCAGGGAGAAAGAGCGGCGAGCGAGGCUGCAGUAUGAGCGCACUGUGGAGGAGCGCUGGAGGCGACUGGAGGAGCAAAGGCAGAAGGAGGAGCUUCGCAGAGCUGCAGUGGAGGAGAAGAGGAGGCAGCAGCUGGAGGAGGAGAGGGAACGUCUGGAGGCUCUGAUGAGACGUUCCCUGGAGCGCAGCCUCCAGCUGGAGCAGAGGACUAAACGCUGGAACCGAGGCUGCCCAUCGGGAGCAGGUGACAGUGAGAAUGCCUCUCUCCCUUUCUCUGCUGCCUCCGCCUUUUCCCAUGGCAUUGCCUCCCCCCUUCCUGCUGUCAGCGAAUCUGCCCCCUGCAGCCCUCACAGGUCUCCUCUCUGCGGCGCGUUGAACUCUUCAGAUCACAGCCGACUUCAGGGAGGCUCUCAGUCUACUCCCAACACCCCCAAGAAACAGCGGCUACGCAGUGAAAGAAGAAAUGCAUCCCCAGGUUAUGGAUCCCCUGUGAGGAGAUCUGAAUCACCUGCUAGUGUCAAUAAGCACUUAUCUUCCCCUACUGCUUCCAAGCUGGUGUCAAAGAUGCGUACCCCGUCUCCUAGCAACUUGCAUCAGUACCAUCAGUCUCCAACUAGACAUCGUGCGAACCUGUCACCCGAUGACAAGAAGGUGGAAAAACAUGCUGAACAGUCCAAAACUGAGAGCCCUCUGAAGAAGAACGCCAACAUCAACAGCAUGAAUUCAAACACGGUCAAUGUGGAAAUCACUAAAAACAGAUCAUCGAAGGUUGACACUCUUAAAGCGGACUCAUCUGAAAGAAAUCAGUCUCCUGAAAGAAAGAACCAGAUGCAUAUAAGAGUGGAUUCAUUAGAAAGGAAGAUCCAGGUCCACAUCCAGGAAGGAGACAAGAAAAAAGAAUCAGCACCAGGUUCUACAGGGAAACUUGCAGCAGGUACAACAAACGCAGAGGAGGCUACCAAGUUGCUGGCCGAGCGUAGACGCCAGGCCCGAGCUCAGAAAGAACUGGAAGAGAAAAAACGAGAGGAAGAAGAAGACAGGCUGAAAGAGGAGCAACUCUGGAAGGAAAUUGCAGAGGAACAGAGACAACAGGAGGCAAAGGCUCAACAAAUGAAGGAAGAGAGGAAAAAAGAAGAAGAUAUUCAGGUGAAGAAAAAAGAAGAGGAGAAACAAAAGGCGAAGGAUCAGGAAAAGGAGCUACAGGCCCAGAAUGAGAAAGAGAAGGAAAAAGCCAAAGUUCAGACUGAAGAAGCAGAACGACAACGGCAAGACAGAGAACUGCAAAAACAGCAAGAAGAAGAGGAAAGACAACUAAGAAAAAAGAGAAUUGAAGAGAUCAUGAAGAGAACAAGGAAAGGUGAAGCUGACGUGAAGAAAGAGGAACAGGUGGAGACGAGGGCUGUCUCACCUCCAGGGGAAAUAAGGAUCACUGUUCAAACUAAUGCUCAGGUGAAUGAGCAAACUGUCAAAAAAGUUGAGUUUCAGGUCAAAGAUCAGGGCAAAAUCCAGAGCAAAACAAAGGAUAAUGCUCUGGUGAAGAGAGAAGAAACAGCAGCAGCAGCACAGACUGAACCUCAGAGGAGUAUUCAAGUGAAAAACAACACUCUUGAAGUAGCAGCAACCCUCAGUGUUCCUGACAAGAGACAGGACACCAAAGAAAACAAAGCUUCUGGUCCCAAACGACAAGAAAAGGAGGUGGAAGUGAAUGCAAACAAGCAGUACAAAGCCAAUGGUAAAGCAACAGACCAAAUAAACAAAGAGUCAACAAAGACAGCAGAUGCCAAAGUCAACCAAAAGGAAGGUGAGAUGGUGAAUGGAGCAGUGAAGGGUCAGGGAAGUGCCUUGAAGAGCAGCAGUUUCACAGCUGACGUAAGCAAACAGCUUGCGUCAACAGCCGAGGGAAAGGCCAAAGGAAAGUCGCAGGUGGAGGCUGUAAGACCCACGGUGACACCCCUCCCUGUGGGACACCUUGCUCCACCAAUCAUCAAGCUGGAGCCACUAGAUGUGACAGGUACAGGGUCUGGAGACGACGUGCAGUCCAUGGAGGUCAGCCCAGCUUCUAAGGAAGAACUGAUUUCAAUUCCAGAGUUCUCACCGAUCAUUGAAAGUCAGCUCAGCAGUAUGAGUAACACCCGCGCUCUCGAGGACCUCAUGGACCUAACAGGCAGUGUUUCCUACCCCAAACUGUCUUCUGAAAACAACAUAGGUGACUGUAACAGAAACCUCAUUGAGGGUGUUGUCAGUCCCAUGUCCGAUUCAAAGCUCAUUGGAGUGUCGUCUCCAUCCUCAAAUAAACUUACCAUCAAGUAGUCUGUUGAUCCCUCUAACUUGCUUGCCUUUCACUUUUUCCUCUCUUGUCUCUCAUACACUGAGUGUCACGUGUUAAAAAUGCCCUUGUGACACUUCACCCAUGGAAAUUGAGCCAUACAGGUUGACUCAUAAAAUGUCAACCAUAACUUGCAAAAGAAACAAAACAUCUCCAAUAUUCUAAUCAGCAAGUAAUCAUCAAAAUGUGUAUGAAUAUUAUCAUUAGACACCCUGUAAGAUGGAUGCAUUUGUGAAGUCAGGGACAAAAAAGGAUGCCUGAAAGAAACUAAUGUGAAAAAAAAAUCAUCAGGGUUUUGAAUACAGUAGUUGUUUAGAAAGAAAAUUUAAGCUAUAAUGUAGAAUAGCUUGGAAAAAAUCUCUUACUUUUCCUCACUGGGUCUGGAGUAAAGCACUGGUGACUACAUGUGUACCUCUGUCUUUCCACCUGCUUCUUAAAGCUUUGAAUAAAACCAUCAGCAUUGAUGGGACAGGCAAGAAUUUUUCAUUUUCAUAAAAGCCUCAUUUUUAGCACUUCAGUGGUAUUUCUAGAUGUUCCGAGCCAUUAGCACAUUGUAUGCGUGUGUGCAUGUAUUAGUGACUGGCUGGAAUUCACUGGGGAUAUUUGGCUGAAAUCAAACAGGAUUCUGAACCCUGGAUGUAUUCACUCUUCCUUCCCAGUGGUGCUUGAUUGGAUUUUUCAUGCUUUUCAUUUCAUACAAUGAGAUGAUUCCCUUUAGUUUUUUACUUAACGACUUUCUAACUGCACGUGAGUGAGAAGGAUGAGCCCAAAGCUGCAACCUUGAAUGUUAUUGCUCAUAAAAAAAAUCAACACAAGUGGUGGCACAUUACUUUGGCAAUUGCAGAUUUAACCUCUAACAUGGACUUUAUUGAGAAAAAAUAAACAACUUGCAUUGGUAACUGCAUUGACACAGCAGACCCUUUUCAGAUUUUCUGUUUUGCAUCACAAGGUAAAAGGUUUUUCCGUAAGCGUGCCUUCUAAUGUAAAUAGUUUUCAAGGCACAAUACUAAUGGAUGCACUCAUGAGCUGAGCAUAAUAGACAUUAAUGUGCAAGACUGACAAGAAUGUUUUCUAAAUAUUUGGUAAAAGUGUGCCCUACAUCCGUUUUUGUUUUUUUUUUAAUCAUCUAUUACUCUGUGGCUUUAUGUUUGUUAUAGCAGAUGCCUUUAACCUCUUGAAUAACUCAAAGUAGUUUAUCAUUUAACUAUUUCAUUGUGUGUAUGACCUCUAAAUGUAUUUAAGUAGCAGUGUCUUAUGGGUAACUGCUUCAUUUCCUAGAAUUUAUUUCCCAUAUCACUACAUUGUGCUUGUGCAAACUCAAACGUGUUGUUACUAAUUUCUGUUUGCCCAGUACAAUUGCUCUGUGUGUCCUGUAAUGGCCUGUGAUACUUGAACCUCGGUUUGAAGUGCAUCAUUUUUACUGUGCUUCAGACAAGGUGGUCAGCAGCUCACCGAUAUUAUCACACUGUAUUCUUUAGACUCCACACAGCCUGGUAAGACAGAGGCUCUCUGAACUGUCUUAAAUGAAGUAGCCAUAUUUAGUAGCCAGUAUUUACAACUUACAAUAUUCUGUAUACUUUGCAUAAGUCAAAUAUUACUGUUCCACUUUGACAUAUAUUAUUGUUUUCCAUAGAGAGGACUGCAUUUUGUGAAGAUAUACUGGGUAUAAGGAUGUAAUAGAUACAAGCCAUUUACUUGAAAAAACAGUAUUCAAGUCACUCCAACUUCAAUCACAGUCAACCUAUCUCCAUAAGUUACAGAACGUAACAACUUUAGGCUUUGUGCAUGGUUAGCAUGGUCAUAAUGUUAUCUGAAUCAAUAAAAUGUAAAACUGGG